CUCUAUCUCGAAAAAGAAUUGGAUUUGAACGCAAUGGAAUACAACCAGGAGGCGUCGAGGGAUCUUAUUAUAGCUACCCAUUAGAAACGAGGGCUAGAAAGGGUCAUGCAGCUGUCAUCACACCCCGGAGCCCUCUCGUCCAGCGCACGGCCGCCCCCUUCCCUCCCUCCCUUCCCCUCCAAGUUGUGAUAUCCUUCCCCUCCCCCAUCUCUUCCUAGGCACAGCGGCUGGGUUAUGGAAGAGCAGCUUUCCACCCGGAUCGAAGUCGGGAGGUGUCUGUGCUGGAUCGGACCAAACCUGCCCGGCCAAAACCGCUACUAAGCUGACAGCGGACGGACCAAUCGGGCAAAGUCUCCUGCGGAGUCCAGGUUAGCUCAGCUAUCCGUGUAAGAGUUUUGAUCCCAACAAUACUUGGGUCCUCCGAAAGACCCAAACAGAGAGGAGGAGCCGAGGAACGACGGUCGACUCGGCUGCACGUUCGCGGGUUGCGUCCUAGAGCAAGAAGAAGAGAUGGCGGCGACGACGGCGGCAUCGUCGUCGUCCCCGGCUGGCGGCGCCUCGUCGCCGGCCCAGGCACCGGGCGGAGGCGGAGGAGGAGGAGGCGGCGGCGUGCCGUACCACCGGUCGCGGUUCGGCGACACGACGCUGACCAAGGUUUUCGUGGGCGGGCUGGCCUGGGAGACGCCGUCCGCGGGGCUGCAUGACCACUUCCGGGAGUACGGCGAGAUACUCGAGGCGGUCGUCAUCACCGAUCGCGAGACCGGCCGAUCUAAGGGCUACGGAUUCGUGACGUUCCGGGACCCGGAGUCGGCGCAGCAGGCGGUGCAGAACCCGAACCCGAUGAUCGCCGGCCGGCGCGCCAACUGCAACAUUGCGUCCAUGGGCCCGCCGCGACCAUCGCCGCAGAGAGGGAGGGCCCCACGCGGGCCGGAUCAGCAGCACUCGGGCCCGCAGCCAUACAUGGGCGGCAGGAUGCACCACCAGCAGCAGAUGCCCACCCCGCCUCACGCCAUGUUCUACACCCCUUCACCGUACGGGUACUGGUACCCACCUGAUUAUCCAUACCAGCAGGCCUAUUACAAUCAAAUGCAGCAAUACUACUCUCAGCACUAUGGCCAAACAUCCCCUUCAACAUCACCAUACCCAUUCAUGGGGUUCAUGACAAGUGGCCAGAAUCCAAGGGCCGGCUUCUCGCCAUUGCACCAGCAAGCUGCGCCGCCGCCGUUCUUUCAGCAGACGACCGAGGGUUCUUUCCAGGCAGCGCCUUCGCUCCCUCCUAAUUUCAGACUCCAGUUGCCCCCUCGUGCAAUCUCAAGGCAGUCUGAUGAUGUAUCCGGUUCACAACCAACUCAGACAGUAUCCGAGGCUGAGGCUACAAACGCAGAUAACCAAGAAGCUUCAGCGCCUGUUGAAAGAUCAAAUUCAGAGGAAAACACCUCGAACUGACUCGCUGAACUGAAAACUCCGCCAAAAUGAUUUGAUGCCGAUCUGGACAGGACUAUUAGUAGCCCGCAAAGGAAUACAAAAAUACUCGUUUCUUGACUGGAAAAAAGAAUAGCAUCCAAAUAUUUGUUCUUUCAUUAUUUCUGAUUCUUUUCCUAUUUCUGCACUGCAUUUAUUUGGUGAACCCAUUGUACUGCGAAACUGAAACUCACGCCAGUAAAUGGAAUUCGCCAGAAUAA